AUGGAAAGUACUUUUGGACAGAUGUAUCGUUUUAUCAAAGCUAAAUUAUUGAAAGAUUCAUUAAACAAAUUACAAGAACUUGACAUUAAAUGUGUGGAUUUUGCUAUCAGUAUUAAAGAUCAAAUACUAUAUUGUCCUCCACCAUAUACCAAACUUAAAGCGACGUCAACUGCUACUAUGAAAACCAAGACGACUUUGAACAUGUCCCCCAUGUUAAUUUUAGCAAUUCAUUUAAGUCAACAUGGUGAACUUUUACUUGGUCUUCAGGAACAAGGCCCACGGUUCCCAGUACGUAAUUAUAGUACAAGACAAGUAGCUGUUUUCGGAUCCGAUUAUAAACAUAGAUCAACAUUUGAGAAGGAUGCUACAGGGGAAAAGUUAUUUUAUUACGCGAGAAGAAUCGCAACAGAUUCAACCAAUAGUAUUUACGUAAUUGAUUGGAUUAAUGAUAAUGAAAGGGGAAGAAUAGUGAGCGUAGACAGAAAUGGUCGUAAGCGAUUUGUUUACAACGGAAGCUCAACUUUAAAUAUACAUGAAGCAGUCUUCAAUCCCAUGGAUAUUGUAGUGACAUCGCAAGAUACAGCAAUAAUAUCCGACCGUCACAUUCACGCUUUACAUGCUCUUAGUGCGCAUGGAGAUUUAAUAGGACUACAAAACACAAGAACCUUUGAUAUUGAAUUUCCUUACAGUUUAAGUUUAAACAAUGAAGGAUAUCUUUUGAUAGGACCCGGAAUAAACAAAAAAGCGAAGAUACAUGUUGUAAAAUUAUUACAAUAG